AUGGGUUUGACGUCUGCCUGGUCCCAUCUGCCCUCACUUUCCGGGAUGGCCCAGGAUCAAGAAGAAAUAGCCCCGUUGAUCAUCGAGCACCCGCUUGAUGUCAUCGUCUCGAAGGGGGCACCGGCUACGUUGAAUUGCGCUGCAAAACCAUCUACAGCCAAUAUCACGUGGUAUAAGGAUGGAGUACCGGUGAUCACCAACAAAGAUCAACAAAACUCCCAUCGAAUCAUCCUGGACACUGGCGCCCUAUUUUUGCUACGUGUUAAUAGCGGCAAAAACGGAAAAGAUGGUGACGCCGGGACAUACCAUUGCGUUGCCCGGACGGCUCUUGGUGAAGCACAGUCCCGAGAAGCACACCUCAGAAUAGCCAUGCUAAGGGAUGAAUUCCGGACCCGGCCUAAGAACGUUCAGUCCCUCUCUGGCGAACGUGCAGUUCUCGAAUGCUCCCCUCCAAAAGGCUUCCCAGACCCAGUCGUCAGUUGGAAAAAGGACGAUCGAGACCUCAAAAUCCAUGAAGACUCACGGAUGACCCUCCACCCAGACGGAAAUCUCAUCAUUGAUCCGGUGAAUCACGGCGACUCUGGCACAUACCAAUGCAUAGCCAAUAACAUGGUCGGCGAGCGGGUCAGCGCCCCGGCGAGGCUUUCCGUUUAUGAGAAGCCGCAGUUUAUUCAACAACCAAAGGAUAUCUCGGUUGAAGUCGGAGCUUCGGUGUUGUUUGACUGUCGAGUCAGUGGAGAGCCACAGCCGCAGAUCAGUUGGAAGAAGCGGAAUGAUCAGAUGCCAUCAAAUCGUGCUUAUAUCGCGAAAGAUAAUCGUGGGCUAAGGAUCGAUCGGGUGCAAAUCACUGAUGAGGGAGAAUACGUUUGCUUUGCAAGGAAUCCAGCCGGAUCAAUUGAAAGUUCUGCAAGAUUACGCGUCCAAGCGCCUCCGACAAUGACGACACGACCUGCUGAUGUAAAUAUCAAAGAGGGAACAACGGCAGAGUUUGAAUGCGCGGCUUCGGGACAGCCAGCCCCGAAGUUGUUUUGGAAUCGCGAAGGUCAACAGAACAUUCUCUUCCCUGGCCAAACAUCAGUCGACGGUCGCUUGAAAGUCACAGUCGACGGAAAAUUGGUCGUUACUGAGGCGAGAACCAUCGACGAAGGAUCAUACGUUUGUGCGGCUGUCAACACCGCAGGAAGUAGCUUGGCCAAGGCAUCCCUCACCGUCAUCCACGAGAAAGUAUCAACUCACCCUCCUCCUAUCAUCGAACUCGGCCAUGUUAACCAAACAAUUAUGGUUGGAGCAUCAGCUAUUCUACCUUGCCAGGCCUCCGGACGUACACCACCCUCAAUCACCUGGCUAAAGGACGGAAUGACCCUGGAAAUUGCUACCACAGACCGGUUCAGCCAGCAUUCAAGCGGAAGCCUCCAGAUCGCGGAUCUAACCAAAACCGACUCUGGCGUCUACACCUGCGUUGCGAAAAACGCUGACGGCGAAAGCACAUGGUCAGCAUCGCUUCUUAUCGAGGAACACUCGAACCCGAAGAUCAUCUUCUCGAGGAUGCCAGACCCAAUCGCAUUCCCCUCGGCGCCGACGAAGCCAACCGUCGCGAAUGUUAGCGAUACCGAGGCUGAUCUCGAAUGGUCGCCACCGGAUCGAAGUGGAGCGUCUGUCAUUACUGGAUACAUCAUCCAGUAUUUCAGCCCGGAAAUGGGAGAGACAUGGUUCAACGUACCGGACGUGAUCACAACCACAAAACAUCGAGUCCAAAACCUACGACCCUCUUCUUCCUUUGUCUUCAUCGUCCGGGCUGAAAAUGAGAAAGGCCUGGGUGCCCCUUCAGAAGCCAGCUCGGCAAUCCAGACCUUGGAUAAGAAUUCUGGAGUUCCCCUCUCCCUUGAAUCCUUGGACCUCGAGACAGCUCGACAACGUCUCACCUCCGAUCCACUGAUUCGCCUGGAAGAAGUGAAGACCAUCAACGCAACGGCUGUCCGUCUGUUCUGGAAGAGAAGAAAAAUGGAUGACCUCAUCCAGGGAUAUUAUAUCAAAUGGAAGGGUCCGACGGCCACGCUGAAUCAAUGGGUCAAUGUCUCGGGCGCGAACACCGAGUCCUACGUGGUUGGGGGACUGCUGCCGUUCACGAAUUAUGAGUUCUUCGUCAUCCCGUACCAUCGUCAGGUGCAGGGGACGCCGUCGAAUUCCAUGGAUGCCAUUACGGCUGAAGCUCCUCCAUCACUUCCACCGACCGACGUCAAAAUCCGUAUGCACAACAUGACAACGUUGAAGAUUGGGUGGAGGCCACCACCUCCGGAUGGAAUGAAUGGAAUCUUGAAGGGAUUCCAGAUUAUUAUCCUUGGAAAGGGAACCAAGUUCAACCGCAACAUCACAACCAACGAACGCGCUGGUUCGGUGACGCUCUUCCAUCUGCAGCCCGGAAUGACCUACAAGAUUCGGGUAGCGGCCAGGACCAAUGCUGGUAUCGGCGUUGCACACGGAACGGACGUUGUGACAAUGAAUGAAGAAACGUUGGCUCGGCACCUUGAGGCUUCUUCCGAGCACGAGUCGUUCCUCUACAAGAUCGUAUCCACAAAGUUCUGGAUCAUCUUGUUGGUGAUUAUGGUGUGGCUGGUUGCGACAGCCGCCGGAAUGGCUUGGUGGCUAUGCAAGAGGAAGGAUAGUACAUGCGCGCCCGAGCGUAUGGGUCCUUUCAUCAAGAUCAACGACGGUUCUGUACAUUCAAACGCUAUAUGGCAAGAUAUGAACGGCUAUAAUACAGCACAACGUAUUGCUAUGGUCCAAAGGAACCCGCCGCUGUACUCCAUGACACCAAAUCAUCAUGAUUUCUAUGGGCAGCACGUUCAUUGUGAUGAAUAUCAUGGUGGAACAUUGGCCCGACCACCGUCAGAGCAGCAUUACCAUUAUGCACAGUUGACGGGAGGCCCAGGAAACCCAAUGUCAACGUUUUACGGCGGACAGUACCAAGACGACCCAUCGCCAUAUGCUACCACGACUCUGGUGAUGUGCCAAGAGCAACCAGCCUGGCUGAAUGAUCGCAUGUUGAGAGGAGGACCCGCGCUACCGAUGGGACCGAUUCCAAGUGGACCUCCAGCAAGGUACACGGAGCAAGGCACUGCUGGCAGAAGAUCGCGAGGCUCUCGGGCUUCUGAGCGUCAUCUCGGAAGUCACCAAUCCGACAGUCCACCACAUACCGAUGUCAGCUACGUGCAAAGCUCCGAUGGAACUGGCGGAUCAUCUGGAAAAGGCAGGAGAAGCCCACCAAAGAAUUUGGUAGACAUCCUGCCCCCACCCCCAGGAAACCCACCGCCACCCCCAAACGCGAUGGAUGCCCUACGACGCCGUCUCGAUGACUACGACCGCGUCUCGGACCAUCUUUUACACCAGGGCUCACCGCAACCCCGCCCUGUCCCACAGCCCGACCACCUGGACUAUGACAUAAGCGCGCGGCCGACAAGCAGAAAUCGGACAUCUGGGGGCCGCCACAGGAAUUCUGGGAGUCGCGACGACGAUAGUCAACGGUCGUCGUUGAUGGAAGAUGCCGAUGAUGCGGAUUGUGAGAUUUCGGAUACAGAGAGGCGAAAUGUGUCUGAUCGGCCUGAGGGUCGAGGAGGAAGUACCGGGCCUCGUCGAAUGCCAUCGAUGGGGACCGGGGCUUUUAAGGCUCAGAAUGAAUACGAAUCUCGUACAAAUAGCCGAAGUCUCCACCGAAAUCAACGACCGAGUCCCGGCCAC